UGACUGGGUACGGGAUACCUUCCGGUACGGUGUCUGAAAUUUCCACCGCUUAGCUUGGAUCUGUUAGUUAUGUUUUUGCCUCGCUUUUCCUCCGAUUCACCGGUCAGGUCACGAGCCCAUACCCAUACAUACAUACAUACGUAAUACUGAGUGAAUCAGUGCUGGAAUUAUUCAUUAAUGUAGCCUAACGUUGUCCCUAAUAAUAUCAUGUCGUUGUCGUUUUCCCCAACCCGAUCCUUGUUAUCUUCCUUCAAUUCGCUCAACCCUCAAUCUCUUCAUUUCUUCUUCUUUGGAAUCUAUGGAAUGGAAUCUCUGAUAUGAUCUUUUCCUUCUAGCUACCUUUUUUCUAUCCCCAUGACUCGUCUGUUUCGAUCCAAAUCCUAUCCCUUGGCCAGAUUUAAUGGUUCUCAUUCUGUGUGCGACGAGGACGAGGAUGACGAGGAACACGACAAUAAUAAUAAUAAUGGGAGACGGAGAUAUUCUGGGUUGUUUUUCAAUGCUACCGCCAGGACGUCGACGACGCCGUUUCGGCGGAAAAGCCGAGGCCGAGGCGACACCCAAACUCAGAGCCCGAUUCUUGCGGUGUUGAUGGCGGCGCUGAGGAAGUCGCUGGUGACUUGCAGCGUUGAGAGGGAUGACGUCGCGGCAAACAUGGACAUUGGCGGCCCAAUCGACGUCCGCCACGUCUCCCACGUCACCUUCGAUCGAUUCAAUGGGUUUCUUGGAUUGCCCGAUGAACUCCAGCCUGAUGUCCCCCGCAAAGUCCCCAGCGCCAGUAUGAGUGUGUUUGGAGUUUCUCCACAGUCAAUGCAGUGUUCUUAUGAUGAUAGAGGGAACAGUGUGCCUAGGAUUCUACUUAAGAUGCAGAGUCGCCUUUAUUCUGAGGGAGGGCUUCGGGCAGAGGGAAUUUUCCGGAUAAAUGCAGAGAACAGUGAAGAAAAAGAUGUUAGGUGUAUGCUAAAUCGUGGUGUUGUUCCACAUGGAAUGGACGUCCAUUGUUUAGCAGGAUUGAUAAAGGCAUGGCUUAGGGAGCUUCCAACCGGGGUUCUUGAUUCUCUCACCCCAGAGCAAGUCAUGCACUGCAACACUGAAGAAGAGUGUACAAUGCUCGUUAAUCUGCUUCCUCCAACUGAUGCUGCGCUGUUCGACUGGGCACUGAAUUUGAUGGCAGAUGUUGUGGAGCACGAGUGUUAUAACAAGAUGAAUGCGAGGAAUAUUGCCAUGGUUUUUGCCCCUAACAUGACCAAGAUGGCUGAUCCUUUGACAGCUCUGAUUCAUGCAGUUCAAGUCAUGAAUUUCCUAAAGACGCUUAUAACAAAGACACUUAUGGAACGAGAAAACUCGGAUGCAACGGACCAAACACUCCCGAUAUCAUCUGCUGAUUUUUCCUGCCAUUCCCCCGAAGUACUCGCCACCAAUAAUCUCAAGCUCUCAAGAAGCGUGACAUUGGACAGAUGGGAAUCGGAGUGCUAUCAUUCCCGCCAAGUACUUGCCACCAAUAAGCUCUCGAGAAGCGUGACGUUAGACAGAUGGGAAUCGGAGCGUUAUCUUUCCCGCAAAGGACUUGCCGCCAAGCUCUCAAGGAGCUUCACUUUGGACAGAUGGGAAUCAGAAAAGAAUGAAGUGAGUGGAUUGUAAAUAAUUAAGGGAGGAGGAGGAGGAGUUAGGCAUCAGAUAUUUAAUGAAGUUUAGAUAUUCCUGACAUUGUGUGUAAGUUGACAUACUAGUUAGUUAGAGAAGCUUGAUCAACAUGUCCGAGGGUUAUUAUGCCCUAACCUAGUAACCUUGUAAUCUUGUAUGACCUAUUCCAACAUUUUGUUCUUGUUUUUUUUUGAACUUUAAUGUAGCAUAUAGCAUCCAAUUACAGGACUAAAAUACAUCUAAUUUCUUGA